UUUAAUUUUACUAUAUGAAGAGCAUCGCGCCAAAUUUCAAUCCAUAGUUUCUAAAUUGACAAGUUAUGAAACUCCAAUUUUUUCAAUUCCAACAUUUUUUUUUAAAAAUUUAUUAGAAAUAUGUAAUAUAAUAAAUAAAAUGACAUCGUUGCAAGUAUUAAAAUUAACACAAGCAUAUGAACAACCACAAACAGUAUAAUAAUGCAUACAAAUAUGUAUAUUCAUUAUGAAUUUGAAUUUAAAAUGUUAUAAUAAUAAUUUACAUAUAAAAUGGCAACUGCACCUAUAACAGAUAAUUCUCCAAAAUCCUUAUUAAAACUCGUGGAAGAUAAAAAUGACAAAUCAGAAAAAAAAUUAACCAUUCUUGAAUCACAUGGAUACACUCUUGGUAAAACAAUAGGUGCCGGUUCAUAUGCUACUGUAAAAAUAGCAAAAUCUGAUCGACAUGAUUGUCAAGUAGCAGUAAAAAUUGUUUCAAAAUUUCAAGCACCUGGUGAUUAUUUAAAAAAAUUUUUACCCCGUGAAAUUGAAGUUGUUAAAGGUUUAAAACAUCCAAAUUUAAUUCGUUUUCUCCAAGCGAUCGAAACAACUCAUCGCGUUUAUAUUAUUAUGGAAUAUGCUCAAUGCGGUAGUUUGUUGGACAUAAUAAGACGUGAUACAUUUAUCGAUGAAUUUCGUAGUCGUCGAUGGUUUCGGCAAUUAUUAGAGGCUAUUGAUUACUGCCAUGGACGUGGUGUAGUACAUAGAGACAUCAAAUGUGAAAAUCUUUUGAUGGAUCAGAAUUUUAAUAUUAAGUUAUCUGAUUUUGGAUUUGCACGUGGACAAAUGAAACCAAAAAAUGGCACUAAUCCAUUAAGUGAAACUUUCUGUGGUAGUUAUGCUUAUGCAUCACCAGAAAUAUUAAAAGGUGUUCCAUAUUUACCUCAACUAUCUGAUAUAUGGUCCAUGGGCGUAGUUCUCUAUGCAAUGGUUUAUGGUCGACUACCAUUUGAUGAUACAAAUUACAGUCAACUACUAAAGCAAGUACAAAAUAAAGUUGUAUUUCCUAAAGAACCAAAUGUAUCUCAAGCUUGUCGUUCACUUAUCUCACGAAUACUUGUUCCACAACGAAUACGGAUGAAUAUUGAUAAUAUAAGAAAUGAUACGUGGCUUGCUGAAUCUCUUGUUACAGUUGAAACUUCUACUACUGAUAUCCCAAUGGAUACUUCUACAUUACGAAACGUAAAAAAAAUGACGAAUGAAAGAAAUAAAGAAACAAAAAAUACGACUGAUAUUGGAGCACAAAUUAUUGAUAAACAUUUAACAUAAACAUUCCAGAUGAAAACCAUAGAUAUCCAAAUUUGAAAUAGGUUCCUAUUUUAUCUUCAAACAAUAUUUUUUCUGAUUUUUCAUAUUUCAUUUAACAUUAAAGUUAUCACAGUAUUAUGGCACAUUUAUUUAUAUUUGUUCUUUAGUUCAUUUUUUACUUAUAAAUAAUAUUACUUUUACAAAGUUUAAUGAUCAGUAUAUUAAUAUCAAAUAAUAACCUAAAUAUUUGUUAGCAAACAGGACCUGCCCAAAUGCAUUACUUGAGAUAAGUACAGUACAUGGUACUGUACUCGUUCAGUCAUAACAUAGAAUGAUAUUUAGCAAUCAUAAGUAAAAGUAAUGUACUUAUCAUAAAAAUACCUGGAGCAGUUGCUUUAUGAAUAUUCUUUAUAUUAUCUACAAAAAAAUGAUCUGAUGUUUUAGAUAAUUUAACAAAAUCAAUUUUUAUUAGAAAAAAAAAAAAAGAAAACAUACCAUUGGUAUUAGAAACUGGUUCCCAACCUAAACUACGAUCAAUAGCCAUUUUCCAUUGUGAAUAUAAUAUAUCUCGUUCUAAAUAAAAUUUGAUUAUUUUCAAUAAAUUGAAUAUAAGAUAAAAAUUAG